UGAUAAAUGAAAAAUAUUUGAAACAAAAUGGCAGAUAAAAAAGCUUCAUUUUUACAAGGACCGAUACCAUUGAAGCCCACAUCAAGUUUAAUGUCAAAAGCAUCCUCAUCUCUUGGAAGUAAAACAGCUGUGCCUUUUAAUGCAGAGAAUUAUAACUCAUUUUCUGUGAAAGUUCCAACAAAUAGAGAUGUGAAGAAACGUCAUUCAAUCAUGAAGUUCAAUACAAAAGUUGAUGUAUCUUCCAUUAGCAAGGCUCAUAUGCAACGCCAAAGAACCACAACUGAAUUCAAAGAAGAAGAAAUGCCCAAAUUUGGUGCUGGAAGUGAAUACGGUCGUGAACAGAGGUUGGAAGCAAAGAGGAAGAGACGAGGUUAUUUCAAGAAAGAAAUAAAAGAUGAAGAUUUACCGUGGCUUUUGAAAACUGGUGGAAAAGGUGGAAAGACGUACAAAGGAAUUAAAGAACCAUACAUGAACCAAAAUGCAGCAUAUUAUAUUUUCACACAAGCUGAUGAUGGAUCAUUUGAAGCUUAUCCAGUUGAUUCACAGUAUAGAUUUACUCCAGUAAUAAACUAUAGAACAUUAACUGCUGAUGAGGCAGAGGAAGAAUUUUCAUUGAGAAAUAAAACAAUCAAUUAUUUCUCAUUAAUGGUGAAAAAACGACUCACUGACACCGAGGAAAAGGCUGCGGACGAAGAGAUUGUAAUACCUAAAGUCAAAUCAAAAGUUGAUAAGCUGCAAAUCUACAAUGAUGAUGAUUUGGAGGACAUGUCGAAUGAUGAAGGAGAUGAUGAACAGGAACAUUUAGAUGAAGAAAAGUUUCAAAAAGCGAAAAAAAAAUUGGGUAAGACAAAGAAAUCAGAAAAUGAAGAUAAUGGAAGUGAUUUUGAGGAAAUGGAAGAUGGUUAUGAAGAUUCAAAAGAGAUGGAUUAUUCAGAAACCUCGUCCUCAGAUGAAGAGCUUGAAAAGAAACAAGCUGAUACAAAACCUCAAGCUGAAGACGAUUUGAAUGCACAACUAAAUCCCGACAGUGAGGAUGAUAGUGAAUUAGAAGAAGACAGAUUAAGUAAGGGAGGAUUGUUGUUGAAAGAUAUGUUGAAACAAAAUGAUGAUAGUUCUGAUGAUGAAGAUGAUGAAGAGAUUGAUGAGGAUCAAACAAAAUCUGCUGUUCUUCUGCAAGGUCAGAAAAAGAAAGGCAAGAAAGCUGGAAGUGGCUCGAGCACGUCAUCAAGCAGCAGGUCUGACACCCCGACUAAAGGCAUUGAAUCCACUGACAAAACUAUCGUUGAUGCCGCUAAGAAACUGAAGGAUAUAAAUUCGCCAGCUCGGUCUGGAAAGAAGCGUUCAAAAAAUUCCCCAGGUGAUGAAACCCCGAGUAAAAAAGCUCGUAAAGACACUGAAAGUCCAAUCCAUCGCUCAGCCAGCGGCAGUUCACUCGCCUCACGUGCCCUUGGUGAACCCGAGAGACCCGGGUCCCGGGGAUCACCAGACGUUGGAAUCACCGAGGAGGCAGUUCGCCGGUAUCUGUCACAUAAACCAAUGACAACAAAAGAUUUAUUAAAGAAAUUUAAAACAAAGAAAACAGGUUUAACCAGUGAACAAACGGUACAACAGAUUGGGACGAUAUUGAAGAAACUUAAUCCAGUACAGAAAAUGAUCAAGGGAAAAUUGUUUUUAUCUUUGAAACGAAGUUAGAUGAUAACUUGAUAUGUAGUAAGUAUUGUUUUAGGUUGUAACAUGUGAAUAAAACACGGUCAUCAUCUUGACGCUACCUAGCCUAACAUAAAAAACCGAUUAACAUCCCCCUGACAUUAUUGUGCUUCUAAACACAUCACCAAGAUUUGUCACGAAAACAAAAUAAAGGAAGUUCAUGCCAAGGGCGCUUUCUCUCAUUAUUUAUAUCGUAGUUAGUGGCUGAAAGUCGUGUUGGACUAGACGCUAGUCCGAAGACCCUCCUUUGUAAAAAUCCUUUGAAAAUUUACUAAAGAUAUGAAAUGUGUGAUACUGCUUAAAGAAUGAGAAUAACCCAUGGGCUUUGCAAUACAUUUAUGACACCUUUUUUUCUACAGUAAAAUUUUAUUUCCAAUAAAUCUGCUAAAUCGUGAUGACAAAGAUAAUCCAAUGCAAAGAUACCUAAUAUCUACAACCAAUAUUGUGCCAGAGACAUGAUGGCAUCAUCGCAAAGUUGCAAGCACGUUCAGUUCGUAUCUUGUGUUAAGCCUGACCGCGGUUAAUUCUAUUAAGCGUGGCCUUACUGACUGUCUACGACAAUGAAAACCAGGUUUUCAUCUUGGUUCACACUUGUCCUAAGAAUCUGGGUUCCUUUUGUUUGAAUUCACUAGUGCGUAAAAUGCUUUGUCUAUCAGAAAUUAAUACAAUAGAUCCCCGAUUCUUAGGACCUAGUGUGAACCAGGUCUCAGUUGUGUGUUUUCAAACGUUUAACGUAUUGUAAUAUUAUAAGUAAAAUAUAUUUUCAUUCGAAAGUUGCCAUGCAAGAAUAUUUCUUUCAGUUUUUAUAAUUUUAGAACUUAAUAUUAUUUAUCUAUGUAAAUUCUAUAUUACAAAAAUGAUGGGAAAGUCGCCUAUAACAUUUACAUAUAAAUGUUAAUAAGACUUUAUAUAUACUAUGGUAAUGCAAAUAAACAGGUGCGAAUAUCCAA